UUUUUUUAGAAAUCUUAGCCAAUCAGUAGUACUUCAUAUAAUUUAUCUAUAAAAGCUUAACUUUUGUUUCCAUCCAAUCAGAACUUAGCUUUUUUGAACCUCUAUGACCUCUAGUACCUUGGUAACCAGUUAAACGAAACAGCGCAAAUAUCAAAGUUAAUCAACUAUUUAUUUACUGAUAUUAAUCUGUUUAAAUUCUGAAUUAAAUAAAUCACUUUUUUCAAAAGAAAAAAGCAAACAUUAAUGAUGGCAAAUGUAUCAUUAAGACUUUACAUUGAAACUGACGAUACUGACUAUCCAGGACUGAAGAGAUUAAAAUUACAAGGAAAAGAUUUAGAAAAUGUACCAGCUGAAUUAUUCAUGUUAAGAGAAUUACAAGUAUUAGAUAUGAGUCCAGAAAGACAACCAUCAUUAACAUAUAAAUUGUUAGAACUUCCCUCAGAUAUUGGUUAUUUAAUUAAUCUUAGAAUAUUAAUAUUGGAUACAAAUGAACUGCAUAGUCUACCAUCUGAAAUUGGUUCAUUGACACAAUUAGAAAAAUUAUCUGCCUCAAAUAAUCAAUUGAAAAGUUUACCAACAUCAAUAGAGAGAUUAAAGCAAAUGAAAAGUCUACAUUUGGCAAAUAAUUUAUUUGCUGAAUUUCCUAAACCAAUAUUGAAAUUAACGAAGUUGGAGUUCUUAGAUUUAAGCAGUAAUCAUUUGGAAACUUUACCAUCGUCUAUAACUGAUUUAAUCAAUUUAGAAAGUUUAUUAUUAUUCGACAAUCGUUUGACCAGUUUACCAGAGGAUAUUGGUGAAUUACGAAAUAUAAGAUGUUUAUGGUUGGGUGAUAAUAAACUGGAAAGUUUGCCACAAUCAAUUGUUGAACUACGUGGAUUGAUAUGGUCACCAUUAUUAUCACCAAGUACAACAGUUGGUGGAAACCCUUUAAGAGACCCACCGAUUAAAGUAUGCAGUGCAGGACUAGAAGAACUGGAUAGAUAUUUCGGUGUGGAAAUAAUUAAAUGAAUCUACGCAGGCAAACAAAUACAAUUCUGUAACAAUUAUACACCAUAAGUGACUAGUACUUAUCUGGACAAAAUUUACUCCUCCAUUGAACAUAGUAAACAAUUUAUUGACAUUUUCACAGAUAUAUAUAUAUAUAUAUAUA